GUAUAACACCUCUCUACGGCGGCCGCUUGGAGCCAUUCCUAGUCCUUGCGCGUUUCCUGAGGCGUCAUGGCCGGCCGGGGGAAGCUCAUCGCCGUCCUGGGAGACGAGGACACGGUCACCGGCUUCCUGCUGGGAGGCGUCGGGGAGCUCGACAAGCACCGCCGCCCCAACUUCUUGGUGGUGGAGAAGGAGACCGCCCUGGCCGAGAUCGAGGAGGCCUUCCGGGGCUUCUUGUGCCGCGACGACAUCGGCAUCAUUCUCAUCAACCAGUACAUUGCGGAGAUGAUCCGCCACGUGAUCGAUGCCCACAACAAGUCCAUCCCUGCGGUGCUCGAGAUCCCCUCCAAGGAGCACCCCUACGACGCUUCCAAGGACUCCAUCCUGCGCCGGGCCAAGGGCAUGUUCACGGCGGAGGACCUGCGGUAGAUGCGGAAAGUGGGGCCCAUGCUUUUCGGCUGUUGCUGAUCUGUUACUCCUGGCUCAUAAAAGAGCUCUGCCUUUCCUUCAGUGUAUGUGCUGUCAAUAUUAUUCUCCAUGAUUCAGUUUCCUCUGUAACUCAGGAGUUUGCAAGCAAAAUGGUACAUCUACAUUCCUGCUGACUUUGUGUCUGUGUAUUUAUUGUUUACUUAUGACAUUGGAAGUCAUAAUCGUAGAAACUGGAUACUAAUAUCACAACCCUGGGUGUGUCUACACUACCACAUUUGACACUACUUUAACUGCUAUGGCUUAAUGCUAUAGCAUCCUGGGAUUUAUAGUCUGGCACUUUUUGGCAAAGAAGCCUAAAGGUCCUGCAAAGCUACAUACAACUCCUGGGAUUCCAUAGCACUGAGCCAUGGAAAUUAAAGUGGUGUCAAACUGCAUUUAGUCUAUAUUAUGUAUUAGGAAGUCUGCAUGUCACCUUAUGGAAAGGGGAAUGGGAGAUUUGGCUUACUUUUUUACAUCAUUUCUUUUAUUUUGGGUAUACAUACCCAAUAAUAACAAACAUAUCCCACAGAGACCUGUGUUACAAAAUAUAUAAGCAUUCCACAAAGUAUACAGGUAGCCCUACACAUGUUACAUCUGUGGAUAAUGAAAUCCAUUAAAGUUGAACCUGCAGAUGUAGACUAUGUCUGUCCCCUUCUCCAUACAAGGUGCAAUUACUGAUUUAUUCCCUAAUUUCUGUUGCUGCAAGGACAGCCAUUCCCUCAGGAAUAUUCUGCAACAACUCUUCUUGUUACUUUCCUUUUUGUUUUUUUCUGAGAUCACAAAUGGAUUAUGGAAUCAUUGUUAAUGCUAUUUAUUUUCCUAAUUUUCCUUUGAAUGAACCUGUUAAUGAUAAAGGAUAGAGGAUUCAAUAAAGACAGUUUAAUUUCA